UCAGGAUUUUAACCGAGAUCUUACGUCAGUGGGGAAAUAAUCAGUGCUAUAUAGCUAAUAUAUUAUUAUUUGUAUAUUUUUUAGAAUUUGAUUAGAGAAAUUUUAUGAAGUUCUAAUCAAGAUUUUGGCUCAAGUUGGUGGACUUGUGUUACUAACGAGAGCCUGAAAGUGAUAAAAAAAUAAUCAAUAUUUUUCAAGUGAUAUUUUACGAUCAAGUCUGAAAACUGAUUAGAAAUCAUGAUGGAGGAAAACCCAGCCCCAGUAACGCUAAGGUCUCGUAAUGUUGCGGCAAGAUUCUUUACCAGGCCGUGUCAUGUGAUCCCGAACCAAGCAGAAAAACACUGCAUGGUUGAUGUUGAAAUGUCAGGAGGAGACAUGGGAGUCGUCACCAAGGGAAACCGGACCUCGGGGACGAUGUACUCCUCGUUCCGGCUCAUGCGCCUCUUCUUCAAUGCCAUCUUGUUCUCCCUUGCCAUGCUUAUCAUCCUCGUUACCCUAAACAACACAUGGCCAAUGAAAAACACAGGCCACAGCACAAACAUCUUGGACCGAACUUUAGUGGCAAUGGGGGUCCAGGAGCGUGUGUAUGCGGUGAUCAUUGACGCAGGCUCAACAGGCUCCCGUGUCUUGGCCUUCACUUUCUUCAAGAGCCUCACAGGUGCAGGAUGUGAGGAGACAUUAGUGGCAAAAGGACCACUUAGCUUCAUCGCAAAUAACUCUUCCUAUGACAAAUCGUUAAAAUUGGAUGAUGAGCUGUGGCACGAAAUCAAGCCAGGUCUCUCAAGCUAUGCGGAUAAUCCAGAGGAGGGUGCAAAAUCUUUAUUGCCAUUGCUAGAACUAGCAAAGGGACGCAUCCCCAAACAGAACUGGGCAUCAACUCCAAUUGUUUUGAAAGCAACUGCAGGGUUGAGACUUUUGCCGGAAGAAAAAGCAGAAGCAUUAUUACAAGAGGUAAAGAAAGUAUUGAAAGCCUCUGGUUUCCACACAACUGAGAAUUCUGUUGGAAUCAUGGAUGGCCGUGAUGAAGGAAUUUUCUCUUGGUUCACAGUUAAUUACCUCAUGGAUCGGAUAACUGGAGACCCCAAAGAAACUUUGGUGGCUCUGGACCUUGGUGGUGGAUCAACACAGAUUACAUUUGUACCUGUUGAGCAGACCACAGUGCAGUCCACCCCAGAGGACUAUCUCACCACCAUCUCCCUUCUUCAUAAGAAUUUAAAUCUCUAUACACACAGUUACCUUGGUUUAGGAUUGAUGGCUGCUCGCAAAGAAGUUCUCCUACAGCACAGAGGUGAAGAUGGAGUCAUCCACUCCCCUUGCGUCAAUCCAAUCAUAGACUCCCAGUGGAGCUAUGGGGGUGAAACUUACACUAUCAGGUAUCAAGAGAUCAGAGGUCAGGCAGGUCGUCUGAGUGAGAACCGGCCCAUAGCUGACCAUAAAUCUUGCCUUGAAGCUUGUGUUAAAGUAAUAAAGGAUCAGGUACACUCUCCACCUGAGCUGAGAACAAGAGAAGUGAUUGCCUUCAGUUACUUCUUUGAUAGAGCUACUGAGCGAGGCCUUAUUGAUCCAUUUAAGGGAGGAGUUCUAACAGUUCAGGAGUUUUUGCAAGCGGCUGUGCAAACCUGUAAUAUUCCUAAUGCUGAGCAGCCUCUGGCAUGCCUAGACUUGACAUAUAUCAGUGCAUUCCUCACCAGUGGCUAUGGCCUUAAGGGUGAAAACACAGUAAAAUUGUACAAGAAGAUUGAUGGCUAUGAGAUCAGCUGGGCCCUCGGUUUGGCUUUCCAUGUCAUAAAUAAUGGUAUAUAAGUUUUAAAAUUGUGAUUCAUGUUGAUAUAACUUGGAAACCAGUGAGUCCUAGUGACAGCAGUUUUUAUUACUGAUGUGACUGAAUGUGGGAAAGCAUAAUAAGGAAGUAUCAUAAUAAGUUUUUAAUUGCUUGCAAUAGGAUCCAAUGUAAAACUUAAAGUGAAUGUGCAGUAUGUUUGUGUUUGAAUGCAUGCAUAAAUGCCUGUUUGGAUGCAUAAUUAUUUGUGCUGACAUCUGUAAUCCACAGUAUGUUCAUGUACAUGUAUGUUUCUGGAUAUACUUUAUGAGAAAAAAAAAAUUUAAUUAAAUAUUCUAAUUCUGAACAAGUCAGUAAUGUAUUGCAAGUAUGGGAAUAUUUUAAGGUGAAGUGCCGUCGUAAAAAAUAGAUUUCAACGGAAUGUGAUUGCUGGACAUCUUGUGUGCUAAGAAGACCCUACUGUUAUGCUUCUCAGGUCAGGCUGUAGGAAGCUAAAAGUAAUAUUUUGACUCUGUAUUCUCAGGAGAUAAAUUCUUUUCCAUAUGAAAUUCAUGGGAUCAUUGUGUAGGAAGUUCUAUUUGCUGAGCCUGUACUUUUUUUCGAAGGUGCAAGGAACAUGUAGUGCAUGUGCUACUACAUGAUUGUUAUCUUAUAGUGAAUUAUUUAAUGUGCUACUACUGAGGGAUGUGAUGAUUUUUAGAAAUACCUUCAUGGGAGACAGUAGUUUUAGGUCAUCGUGAAAAGGACUUUUGACUUUUUUUAAAACUUAUUUUGGUAAAUACUUCAUGCAAUAAUCUUAUAUAACUUUUAAUUAGAUCUUCACAUGAAGAAAUUAUGCAUUACACAAGAGCAAUAAUGUGGAUAAAGUGAUGUUUGCAUAUGGUUGAGAAAUUUAUUUAUAAAAAAAAAAAAA